AUGUUCCGUACGGCUCGCCUCACCCACAGCGUGGACCUGACGCGCGGGUACUAUGACUCGGGCGACAACGUCAAGUUCGGCUUCCCGCUCGCCUUCACCGUCACGACUCUCGCGUGGAGCGUCGUCGAGUACGGCCCGCAGCUCGCGGCGCUCGGGCAGAUCAAGGCGGCGCGCGACGCCGUGCGGUGGGGCGCGCACUUCUUCGUGCACGCGCACCCCAAACCCAACGUGCUCUACGCGCAGGUGGGCGACGGGCAGUCGGACCACAGUUGCUGGCAGCGCCCCGAGGACAUGACCACGCCGCGCACGGCAUACCGCCUCGACCCGCAGCACCCCGGCACCGAGCCCGCUGCUGAGGCGGCGGCAGCACUGGCGGCGUCGAGCAUGGUGUUCAGCAAGACCGACGCCAACUACUCGCAGUCGCUGCUCACCCACGCGCGCCAGGUCUACACCCUCACGAUUCACCAAGGUUUCCAAUCAUUAUCCUCCCUCAAACCCUCAAAACCCCAACCCCCCUGCCCUCCCCGCAACGCACGGCACCAGCUGUUCAACUUUGCGCGCAAGUACCCUCGGAAGUACACGGACAGCAUCCCCUCCGCCUCCGCCUUCUACAACUCCUACUCCGGCUUCAAUGACGAGCUGCUGUGGGCGGCGGUGUGGCUGUACCGGGCCACGGGGCAGAGCCGCUAUCUGGACUACAUCGUGAGCAACGAGAAGCAGCUGGGCGGCACGCAAUCAUCAGUGCAGAACUUCUCAUGGGACAACAAGUAUGCCGGCGCUCAAGUGCUGCUCGCUAAGGAGUACCUAUGGCGGCAGGACCCCUCGCUGGAGCUGUAUCUGAAGCGCGCCCAGGACUUUGUGUGCGGCACCGUCGUGCGCGGCAUCAGAUCACCCGGCGGCAUGCUGUUCCUCAUGUCGUGGAGCAACCUGCAGUACGUGACGGCCAUCAGCAUGGUGCUCUCUGCCUUUGCUGACAUCCUUGAUGCCGCUCCCGCCAGUGCGGGCAACGCCACGGCCAUCAUGUGCGACUCCACGCCCGUCACCCCCACCGCCAUGCGCCGCUUCGUCAAACGCCAGGUGCGCCCCCUCCCCCAUGUUGCACUGCCAGCUGAGCUACAUGGUGGGUUUCUCCUCGUCGUCUCCACUUCCCCCCAACUCCCUCCCCCCACCCUCUCCAUCCUGUUUCCCCUCCUUCUCCACUCCUCCAUGCAUGCAUCUGGAGGGCAGGUGGACUACAUAUUGGGCGUGAAUCCCAAGAAGCUGAGCUACAUGGUGGGCUUCUCCUCCUCGUUCCCACAACACGUGCACCACCGCGGUGCAUCGCUGCCGUCCAUCUGGGUCAACCAGACGCCCAUCGCCUGCAACGACGGCUGGCCUUACUUUCACUCCAAGGCCGCCAACUUGAACGAGCUGACAGGAGCAGUGAUAGGCGGGCCGGACGGCAGCGAUGCAUUCCGGGACGAGAGGGACAACUACCAGCAGGUCGAGCCCUCCACCUCCAUCAACGCCCCCUUUGUUGGUGUCCUCGCCCGUGUUGCCGGAGGGGCCCCCAAGGCCAGCCCUCCGCCUUCCUCCCCCAGAGCCCCCCCUCCUCCUCCCCUCAAGGCACCACCACCUCCCGCUGGCAAGCGCAAUGCAUGGGGCGACUGGCGCGAGGAGAAGAAGGUCGACGCGGAGGACGACAUCGAUGCCAUCCUGGCCAAGAUAGCAGCAGAGGAAGCGAAGAAGAAGGAGGUGCACGUGGAGGAGGGCGUGCCGCCCCCCUCCCCUCGCUGCAACGCCACAAUGGUGGUGAAUCCUCUCAAGGACACGGAGCUCAUCAUCUUUGGCGGGGAGUUCUACAACGGGGAUAAGACGUAUGUGUACGGCGAUCUGUACCGCUUCAACGCGGACAAGGCCACGUGGCGCCUCGUCAGCAGCCCCAACAGCCCGCCGCCUCGCAGCGGCCACCACGCCGUCGCCUGGAAGAACUUCCUCUUCCUCUUCGGUGGCGAGUUCACAUCACCCAAUCAGGAGAGGUUCCACCACUUCAAGGACCUGUGGCGGUUGGAUCUGAACAGCAACGAGUGGGAGCAGCUGAACCUCAAGGGCGCCCCCUCGCCCCGCUCCGGCCACCGCAUGGUGCUGUACAAGCAGAAGAUACUGCUGUUCGGAGGGUUCUAUGACAAUCUCAGGGACGUUCGCUAUUUCAACGACCUGCACGUGCUGGACGUCAGUGACAUGAAGUGGGCGGAGGUGAAGCCCAAGCCGGGGGCAGCGUGGCCGUCCCCCCGCAGUGCCUUCCAGUUCGCCGCCCACCAGGAUGAGGUGUUCCUGUACGGGGGCUACUUCAAGGACCACGCCAAGGACGCUGACGGCAAGGACAAGGGCGUCGUGCUCUCCGACCUUUGGUUGCUCGACCCGCGCUCCUACGAGUGGAACAAGGUGAAGCGGCUGGGGUCGCCACCGAGUGCGAGGGCGGGAUUCUCCCUGGCAGUGCACCGCAGCCGUGCCAUCCUCUUUGGGGGCGUCAUUGACCAAGAGGAGAAAGGCGGAGAUGUGCUGCGCAGCACGUUCCUGGAUGACCUGUUUGCCUUUCAGAUGGACUCGCGCCGCUGGUUCCCCCUCCUCCUGCGCUCGCAGCAACAGGCCCGCGCAGCUGCCAGGAAGGCAGAGCCAAAUGCAGGCAGUGCAGCAACGAGCGGCACACAGGCAGAUGGGGAGGAGGGGGAGGGCGAGAGUGACGAGGAAACGGAGGGGAGGAAGAGCAGGCAGGCAGGGAAUGGUGGUGAGAGCGAGGAGGAAGAGGAGCAGCAGCAGCAGCAGCAGGUGGAUUAUGAUGGGGGCGAGGAGGAGUGGGAGGGGUGGGAGGAGGAGGAGGAAGAGGCAGGGGAUGGCAGUGGGGGUGGGAGGGGGGCCGAGCAGGCGAUUGGCGGCAAUGUGGCAGAGGGGAGUGCAGCACUGGGCGUGGAGGGAGGAGGAACCAGCGCAGAUUGCGAGAUGGCUGAGGUGGGAGGGGUGGAUGCGAGCAGGCAGGGGGCGGCAGAGGCAGAGGGGAGGGGCAGUGAGGGCGGGGAAUUAGCAGCAGGGAGGCCAAGGGAAGGGAGUGGCGUUGAGGUGGAGGGCGAGUUGCAGAGGCUGAGGCUUGAGGGUGGCAGCGAGGUGGGCGGUGUGGGCGAUGAGGACAGGCAGGGGGUUGCUGAGGAUAGCCAAGGGAAAGAGGCAGAUGAGGCAGGGGGGGAUGAGACAGCGGGAGGCAGCGGCGAGGCAGCGGGAGAAGGGAAGGAGAGGAAGGAGGGGGAGGGGGAGGAGGGCGGGAAGGGGGAGAGGGGCGAGGCGCCGUGCAGUCGCAUGAACGCGGGGCUGGCGGUGGGUGGCAACACGCUGUACCUGUGGGGCGGCGCCAAGGAGGUGGGCGACCGUGAGGUGACUCUGGACGACCUCUUCUGCCUCAACCUCUCCAAGCUUGACCACUGGACCUGCCUCCACAAGGCGAGUGCCUCCACAAGGCGAGUUGCCUUGCCUGUUGCUGUGUGCACGCCGUGUCACAAUUACCGCCCACAUGUGUGUUGGCAUCACGUGCAGGGGUCAGAGAGCACAUGGGUGGAGGUGGAGGAGGAGGACGACGAUGAGGAGGAGAGUGGCGACGAGGAAAGUGGGGAGGAAGAGGAGGAGGAAGAGGAUGAGUCGAGCGACGAUGAGGCUUCCGCCCAGUCCGCACCGCAUGCACCGCCAACACAACAUCUCUCAGCACAGCAUGAGCCGCCCUCCCCACCAUCCACCCCCCAGGCCACGGGUGGCGCUGCGACGGCGUCGGAGCUGGCAGCGGCGCUUUUGAGGGGCGAGGCUCCUGCGGGCGGCAAGCGCCAGCUGUCGCGCAAGGAGAGGCGGGCGGAGAUUGACCGGAUCCGGGCGGACCUGGGGCUUGCAGACACGGCGAGGACGCCCAUUGUGAGUCGCUGGACACGGGACUCAGUGUAUGCACCUUGCACCACCGCCAUUUUGUGUUGCCGGACAUUAAUCUUGCAUUGCCUACCGAGUUGCCUAGUGCCCCUCCCUCUGUGUGUGUGUGUGUGUGUGUGUGUGUGUGUGUGUGUGUGUGUGUGUGUGUGCGCGUGCAUGUGUGUGUGUGUUUGUGUGUGUGUGUGUGUGCGCGCACAUGCGCGUGUGUGCGUGUGUGUGUGUGUGUGUGUGUGUGCGUGUGUGUGUGUGUGUGUGCGCGCGCGCGCGCGCGCGCACACGUGUAUGUGCACCGUACUUGUGUGGCUGGCAGCCUGGCGAGUCGUUGAGGGACUUCUUUGCACGCACGGGCGAGCACUGGCAGCGCGAGGCAUACCAACACACCCAGCGCACCGGCAAGAGGGUGUGCACUGUGCACAUGAGGUGCACCCCAUGGGGUUGAUUGUGUUCCUCGUCCUCCUGCCCCCCCCCUUCCCCGUGCCCCAGGAGCUGCGCAAGGAUGGCUUUGAGCUCUGUGAGGCGCGCUACCGCGACCUGCUGCCCGUGCUCACUGAGCUUGAGAAGCUGGAGGCGGAGCAGAAGGCAGAGGAGGAAGCAGAGGCUGCGUCCAACAAGAGCAAGGGGAAGAAGGAGAAAGGCAGGCCAGCAGCACGCAGAUGA